AUGGAAACCCGGCCAUUGAGCACGAUGCUCCCUCUGGGGCGCCAUGCCCUACGCAUACGGAAUCCCUUACCCUCCGUUGCCCACCGUCUUCAUUCUACAUACAUAUCGUCUUCUAGGAUUGUCCCGACACUUCACACACCAGGCCGGAGAUGUCUUGCAACGCAAGCUCAACAGCCCGCGGCAACCCAGGAGUCUGACGAUAAAAGAGAACGAGUCGUCAUUCUUGGAUCUGGCUGGGGUGGAUACACCCUCUCGCGGAGGCUUUCUCCAAAGACCUACGCCCCUCUCAUAAUGUCACCUCGGUCAUAUUUUGUCUUCACUCCUCUCCUCACCAACACGGCUAGCGGAUCCCUCGAUUUCUCGAACAUUGUCGAGCCUGUGCGCGAUCCGCGCUCCAAAGUCGACUUCAUCCAAGGAGCUGCGCGCGGAGUUAACCUGAAAACGAAGACCGUUCUUUGCGAAGCAACAGUCGUCAAGAGCGGUGUCACUGAGUCACCUCGCACACUCGAAGAGCAUAGAGGAACCGAGGAAGGCCCGGAUACCAGGAAUAAGCAGCCGAUGCAACCAUAUCUCCAAUGGGAGCAGGGUGAAAUGUUCGAAGUACCCUACGAUAAGCUUGUCAUUGCGGUAGGCGCUGUGAGCCGCACGUUUGGAACACCUGGGGUGCGGGAGAAUGCGAUGUUCUUCAAAGAUAUCGGGGACGCGAAAAGGGUCAAGCGGCGCGUGCGAGAAUGCUUCGAGCUCGCCGUUCUGCCGUUUACAACCCCAGAGAUGCGAAAGUGGCUGCUGAGCUUCGCUAUUGUCGGAGCUGGUCCAACCGGUAUUGAGCUUGCGGCCUCGCUGCGCGACUUCAUCUACUCCGAUCUGAUGGCGCUAUAUCCGAGUCUGAACGGAAUCCCGAAGAUCACAUUGUACGAUGUUGCGCCCAAGGUGCUUUCGAUGUUCGACGAGUCGCUUUCACGCUAUGCGAUGGAGACUAUGAAGCGUGAGGGUGUUGAUAUCAAGACCUCCCACCAUGUCAAAAGUUUGCGCUGGGGCGCGCCUGGUGCACCUCCGCCAUACCAUAUGGAUCCCAAGCGCUGUCUGACUCUUACAACCGAAGAAGAUGGCGAACUGGGCGUUGGAAUGUGUGUCUGGGUAACGGGCAAUGCCAUGCCCAAGUUCAUCACCGAAUCGCUUGAUUCAGUCGACGAAUUCCCCACAGACUCAGUCCAUAGCGUCGAGGGCUCAUCACCUGCACCAGCAGAUGCCGAAAAAGCAUCGUGGAAAUUCAAGAAGGCUCCCAAAAACGGCCCCCUUCUUGUCGACGGCUAUCUGCGCGUACAGCUGCAAAACGAGAAAGGCCAGACCGCUGUCCUCCGGGACGUGUUCGCGUUGGGUGACAAUGCCAUGCCGGAGAAGGGUGCUCCCCCUGCAACGGCACAGGCGACGAGCCAAGAAGCGAAGUGGCUAGCUGAUCGUUUGAACAAAAAUGACGUCGGCAAGACUCCGCCGUUCUCUUUCCGUGACCUUGGGACGAUGGCGUACAUCGGUGACGAACGCGCAUUGAUGCAAAUCCCCCACGACGGUGACCGUGGUGCGAGCAACUUCCUGCCAGAAGGUAUCAAGGGACGUACUGCGUCACUCAUUUGGAAGACGGCGUACAUCAGUAUGUCCAUCAGCUGGCGCAACAAACUGCGUGUGGCUUUCAGGUGGAUGUUGAAUAGGUUCUUUGGUCGGGAUAUUUCGCGGUUUUAA